AUGACUGUCGUUGAUUUGCACAUCGCCAGAGACGACAAAACGAUUGCACUCGCGGGGUUUAGUACAGACCGCUUCAAAGUCGUCGUGAUUCUCUUAGCAAUGAAGCCAGAUGAACAUCGGUUGACGGAAAUAACCUCGAUGAAGCCGCCUUACUACCAGAAUCUGGCAUAUAGCGUCACCGCGUUCAAGAUUCUGUCCUUGGAUCAUGUCAACUAUGGUGUCACUACUGCUGUCUGCUACGAACCUGGGGCCGCUGCUGACGGUACCAGCUGCCUUGAUCACCUCCAAUGGACAGUGGAAUCCACAUCGAACAACCGGCGCCAACCCAGAAUAAUCCGGCUAUCCUCCUUGAUGGACGUCGGACAGUCCAUACUAGUGGAUGUAGUGGCAUCUCCGCGGUUUGAGCGCGUCUAUUGCGUCGACGAAGAUGCGAACAUCCACAUAGUCGACCCGAAAGCAUCCGAGACAACCGAACAGAUCGUUGCAGAUAUCUGGAUGGACGGCGACGGAUGGCUCCGAAAGAAGGAAAGGAAGCUAUGCUGGUUGCCCCCGAAGUACAGGCCACAGCCAGCGGAGAGAAGAGAAGUGGUAGGGGACUGGAAGCCUAUGCUGGCGACGGUAGGGAACAGGAUUCUGGUCGCCAACAGCACGCGAUACCUCGUUAUGACGCUUCUAGGUGAUGAAAUCGGUUACUAUAAUCGAAAGAUUAUGUUUCGCAGAGACGUCAUCUUCCGGCAAGUGACGGUUGUUGGUCGGCGCUCAAGGCUGCGGAAUACUCGUAGGAAUGCAGUCAAAAGAGACGUCCAUGGCUCGCUAGCACAACAGAACGUUAACACGUCGAUAGAGAAUAUCACAAACCGGAUUAUGAUGUUUCAUAUUCACGAGGAUAACGGCCUGUACGAACAACAUGAGGGUAUAAUUCAUGAAACGACAUACGUGAAGGUAGGCCCAAAAGAUGGAGGCGAUACACUGCGCCGUAUCCGCACACCUGUUUCGCUUCCACGCCUCCCGAGGGAAGUCGAUUCAGGCGCGCGUGGUAAAUCAGGGGAGAUAGCUCGGGCGCCGUUCCGCGUCACAUUGAUCGAUCGACCAUCAUACAUUCACUUCGGGUAG